AUGGCACUGAUUGCCAUGUGCUUCAAGUUGAUGCAGGAUGAUGUAGUGCAGAAAGCGCGAUGGUUGGGACAGAAAAUCGGCAUCUUGGGUAAUCGCAUGUUUCAUCAUGUUUAA